UGCCUCGGGGUGGGUACCCCAGCUUCCGGCUGUAUCUGUGAGAGAGGAGUGUGGCAAAUGGGGGGCUGGGGUACCCCAAUAAACGUCACUCUCUCCCGGAGUGUUACAUGGCCUCUCCGCAGGAGCCCAAACCAGUGGCCCCGAGGGGCAUGAGAGGAGCCUCCCGCUCUCCCGUGACUCCGGCGUCCAACAUGGGAAAGCCCAAGAAGAAAGGUGCAUCCCCCCAAGGCUCCCAGUCCCUACAGGAAGUAAAGAAGAGGGGCCACAGGAUGAGACGCACCCCCGAGAAGGAGCUGUGUGACCAACUAGAGGGACUGAAUUUGGUGGCAGAGGCAGCCGUGCAGGGAACGGGACUGGUUUAUGAUGAGCAGAUGGCACAAACCUGCUGUUUAUGGGAUGAGAACUUCCCUGAAUGCCCUGCCCGGAUCUGGGCAGUGAGAGACAAGAUGGCCUGAAUACGGCCUGGCAGAGCGCUGUGUGGCAGUGCAG